GGAAGUGAAGUCACUUCCGGGCUGGGGUGUUUAUUUGGACUGGAGAAGGGAGGCGGCGGGCGAAGCGCACGUCGAGCGGGGAAGCGGCGCUGCCUGUGGAGAUCCGCGGAGGCAGAUAGGAUUCGUUGGCUGCCGUCCCCGCUGCCGUGCACUGGGUUAAAAACGACAACUGACGCCAACCAUGAAAGAUCCAAGUCGCAGCAGUACUAGCCCAAGCAUCAUCAAUGAAGAUGUGAUUAUUAACGGUCAUUCUCAUGAAGAUGACAAUCCAUUUGCAGAGUACAUGUGGAUGGAAAAUGAAGAAGAAUUCAACAGACAAGUUAGUUUUGUGUCCAAACAUUUUAUUUUUUACCAUCACUUAAAGAACUUGCUUUUUAUGUUUAUUUUACAGGUCAAGAGCAAUCUGAAUCCAAAUGCAAAGGAAUUUGUUCCUGGGGUGAAGUACUAAAAUAUUUGAGUAGUUGGGGGGCCCUCUUUUGGUGGAUGUAGCACAAUUCCCACACUGUGAAGGCAGUAUUAGAAGACUUAAUUGUAAAAGCUCUCUCUUGUCACUGUGUUACACUUAUGCAUUGCCAAAGUUUUUGUUAGUCUUGCAUGCUUAAUAAAAGUGCUGAGACUGUUAUUAAGUAAAAAGCUGUCAAACAUUUACUGAAACUAGAAUUGGUCCCAUGGCUUGAUGUGAAGACAGCAAGGAAAGAAGCACUAGUCAGAUUGUGAUAAAGCACCAAAUUAAAGCACCAAAUUGAAAGACCUCUAAAUCUUGCUAAAUUGUUGUCUUUGAGUCUAAACUGGUCCUUUAGGGUUAAAUAAAAGAUGUUCAUGUCUAAACUUUUUUCAAAUAUGUAAAUUUAAACUAAGUUCUAAUUGUUAAACAGAUUUUUCAAUUCAGACUCAAAUUUACAUUUAUACUCAUCAAAAAGAAUCUUUUUCUGAAGGUCUGUAAGUUAAUUUGAGGUAAUUUGUUAAGACAAGUAUGUCUGAUAACUAAGGUUACAAGGUAGUGAUGAAAUGAGCACUAGUCGUGGUUUUUCUGGUAUGUUAUCAUGUUAGAAAUAUUGAAUUCUGCUAAUGUUACAUCUGAGGAAAUAUGUGAUUUGAGAAUUGCAUAUUAUUCUGAGGAUUCACUGUAUCAUAGUUACACCUGUGGAGUCCACAGGUAUAUGACCAACACCAGCCCAUAAUCCAAUUGAACAAAGAUAUUGUAAUGUUAUGAUUUGAGUGGUGCUUUUCCUUGCUUUGUUAAUUAUCACGACAAUAGUCUGCAGCACAACUUUUCUUUUAACAAAGCUAGAAGAGUUUUUGGCUUCUUAAACUUCAUAUUUGGAUAGGUUAAGCUGCCAUACGUGUUCAGUGUGAAUAGUGUUUAAGUUGAAAAUAUUGUAAAAAAAUUAUAUUUUUUCAAAAAUAUUUAAAAAAAUAAAUAAUAGUAGAACUGA